AUGACUCGGCAACAUGAAAUGGGCUCGUUAUGUUCAGCACGAGUCGACCCGCGGCCGCAAAGUCCCACCUUUUUUUUCCUCAAGUGCCUCAUUUGCUCGCGACCACAUUUCGAAAAACACUUCCGCUAGCCCGAACCCAGCCGCCGACAUCUUCCUCUCCGUCAAAGACCGAUGGCACGAAAAGAGCAGAUUCCCCGUUUCUGCCAAAGGAACCCCCUAGAACUUUCUUUGAAAGAUCAAUGACAAAAUAUGGAACGUUCAGCAGUAGAUUAGAAAGUAUUUUUGACAUCACGGGUUUAGCUGAACACAACCGGAGGGGAAGAGCCCUCGAGGCUCGCUUCAUGAGUAGAACUACAAAAGAAUGAGAAGCCAAUCGAGAAAGCCAACCCCAAAGCACGGAAAAUCCUCCAUUUUAGCGCAAAAGACGCUUUGGAGGCCAUCGAUGGCAACCCGUCUUUCCUGCUCAGACGGUUCUUCUGCGCUCGACUGCCCGAAAAGAAAUGGAAGAAAAAUAAAGUAAAGCAAGUGCACGCGGAUGUGACGGGCUCGUUUGCGGGUCGGCGUCGGAAUUGAGGCCGUCUCUGUUCGGAAGACGCGUCCGUCGCCCGGAACGUCGAGACCGCGGAGACGCUCGCCAAAUUCCACGCGAGGUCGCGUCUGUCUAAUUGCGCUGCGAAACCAUCAGCCAUCGAAUGAGCUCGUCGUGUUAUUUCGGAGACGGUCCACGGUCAUCGCUGACACGACGGGCGUGAAGCCCGCUGCAUGCUGGGAGAUGACGUAUCGUGAUGCAUCGCCUUCCGGGAUUUGCGUGACAUCACGACUGACGCGUGCUGAGGGCGCCCAAAAAAAGAUCAACUCGCAAAAUAAGAGUCAGCGAUAUUCCUUUCAAAUAAACGCACGCUGGCUUUUAUUCUUGCCCACAUCAACGGUUUGAUAAAUGUGCUCAAGUCUCCUUUUCCCACCACGGUCUGGUCCGCUCAAACCGGACCGGGUCGUGCAGUCGACUUCAGAAGACGUCACCCGACCGAGCGCUCAUCGAUUCACGCGACGAAGCUUAGUCGGGACGCGGCGGCCGGCGGCUGUUGGUGUGGAAAAGUCAACAUACUUCUGCGCGAAGUUCUUUUGGAAGGCAAAAAAGGCGGAGACCUGCGAGGGCGCCCGGCCCAGAGACCGACGUCCGUCCGCGGCCGCCGACGCUGUCGCUUGCCGGAGGCGGUUCUUCGGAAUGCGCCAGAUGACCACGCUGUAAGUGACCUCGUACGCCGCCGCCUCCUCGGCCUCCCUGGCUCCUUUUUCAAAGCGUCCGACCGUCUCCGCUGUCCACAAAAUGGACACCUGGACUUCGGUUUGUCUCGGAGGUCCAGGCAGACACAAAUCCCAGCGUAGGAGCUCGCCAAUGGCCGUCGCGCGUUCCUCGUUCCUUUCCGCGUUCCUCACAUUGAUCCAUCCGACGGCUUUUUCCUCUCAAGUGUGCCGCAACGUCGUCCUCGGUUUGCAUUUUUCACAAAACGACGGCGCAACUUCUCGCCGGGCGGCCGAGACGUCGUCAACUCCGCGCGGUCGUCGUACUGGCGGACCGUCGGGCGAUGACGAACAUGACGACGGAGGAGAAAGCAAACUGUCGUGCGAAGCAAGUGAGGAAGAGGAGGGAGGGCAAACGCAGAUGAAGACGAAAAAAAAAUGAGCGGCCAAGGAGGACGAACGAGGCGGACAGACAGACGGCGGCGGCGGCGGCGGCAGAAAAAAAAAAAAAAAUGACCAACGCUGGCACGCUUCCUGGCGCGCUCCCUCCCUCCAUUUUGUCCUCUUCAUCAGUGUGCUGUGACUCCUCUUCCUCCUCACGCCUCAGCCAAAACAAGAAAAGCGUCCUCGACUCCAGACGAUAAAAUACGUUAGGGGCAGCUCGCAAUGACGACAAAAACGACAACGUUGGAUUUUGAUGCGUCUUUUGAGCUUUCCCGUAAUUAACUGACACAAUGUUGCAGCUGUUUCAUCCCUGGAUAGAAAAGUGCAGACGCGCGAAAGCUGCUCGACGCGUCUCUCAUGACGCAAGUCACAAAAACGUGGCAAGCAAGAAGUUGAGGCCAAAGAUGGCGGAAGGAAGUCGGCAAAAUAAUUGAUGCCAAUCGUGUCCAAAUGCGUAUUUGCGUGAAGGCCGUUCGUUCAGACAAGUUCGCUUGCGCCGGACGAAUUAUUCAAGGCGGCCGUUCGUCUUGUCCGCUUUCACUCGGCUCGCGUCCGCUACACAAAAACGUCAGGGCGACAGCCGAACGUUUGUUUUUGGAUAGCGUGACUUUGAGCAAGCUGACGUACGCCUUGAUUUGAUUUUUUUUUUUAUCCUUCGAAUUCUGAGCUUGCACGCAGGCAUCCAUUUGUACGACGUGCAGAUUUUUGACAAGCGAGUUCCACCCGUCUAUUUUCUUAACCCUUAUCCAAGGUCAGGUCACGGGGGCAGAAGCUUUGGCAGGGAAUCCCGGAAUUCCCUCUCCACAGCCACUUGGGCCAACUCUUCCGAGGGGAUCCAGGAGUGUUCCCAGGCCGGCCGAGAGUUCUUAGUCUCGCAAGCGUGUCCCGAGCCGUCGCAGGGGUCUACUCCCGGCGGGACGUGCCGGGCUGGCGUCUGGGAGGCAUCCGAAUCAGAUGCCCCAGCCACCUCAUCUGGGUCCUCGCAGUGGCUCAACUCUGAGCACCUCACACGAUCUCGGACCGAACCCGCGGGGUCGCGCUUGGAUCCGGGAUCUCGUUCUUUCAUCUCGGUCAUGAUCCACAGCCCGGGCUCUGUCGAUUUCCCGCUCCAUUCUCCCUUCAGUCGUGAACAAGACCCCAGGUUACUUGAAGUCUUCUACUUGGGGCAGGAUCUCGUCCCCCGAACUGGACUCUGACUGAGGACCCGGGUCUCAGACGUGGAGGUGCCGAUUCUCCUCCCGGCCGCUUCAGCUGCGAACAAGGUCUGGAACGGACCCGACCAGGAAGCCUGAGGAGUGGAGUGCGAUCCCCUUUGUACUUGGAACACACCCUCCGGUCCCGCUUGAUAAAGGGAAAGCAAAUGGAGGGCCAAGUUUGUCCGUCUACUCGAGACAUGAAACACUUGAUUCCAGCAAUGUUCUACAGGAGUCGGGACGAUUAGUAGGAUGCUGAGUACCUUCCCUCCACGCCAUCCAUCUCCACCCUACUUUCCAUGAGCUGAGAGCGACGCCCGACGGGAGGAACAAAUCACAAGAGAGGGCGAGGGAGUGGAGAGGAAAGAAGGAGCACACUUUCUUUGGUUGCAGUUUCUUUUCAGGUUAGGAAAUGGCGGCGACGGAAGCCAGCGCGGCGCCUACGGUCCAGGAAGACGGGAAGACUCCAGAGAGCAAGCAGACGGAGGCCGAGCAACCCGCGCAAAACUCAGAGACUGUCAACAGCGAGGCCGCGGACAAAGAUGGCCCCACGGGCAACAGCGAGGUCGCGGCGACCAAAGAGACCGUCGAAAACGACACGUCGGCAGAUGCGGCGGCCGGCGGCGAGGAGGAGGAGGCCGGAGCCGCCGGCGGUGAGGAGGCGACCCCCCAGAGCUCGGAGAAUCACGAGCACAAGACCUCCUUCCUGGACUCCUUCCUGAACAAGAGCGGCCUGGGUAAGGUGAUGGCGGGGAGAAAAAAGAAAGAAGCCGGCGCCACGGCGGGAGCCGGGCCGGAGGACGGCGCCGCCGAAGGCGCCGAGAUGGAAGGAGAGAAAACCGGAGACGAGACUGCAGCGGAGGUGGGCAGCGAGGGGGAGGCCGCCGCAGAGAAGGCGCUGGAAAAUGGAGAGAAGGAAGACGAGAAGAAGGGCAAAGAGUCCAAGUCUUCGGUUCGAGAUCUGAUCAGAAAGCCGGUGGCCAGGAUCUUCUCCCAUCGGAGCACAGAAAAGAAAGACGGCAACACCCUCGAACCCCCCAAACAAAUCAAGGUCCGCUCCAAGUCCCUGGACCGCCUGGAGGACCCCGAAGCACUUAACGCGACCGCGGACUCUGCCGCUGAGGAGGUGGCAGGAGCAGAAGGGGGCCCAGAGGCAGAGACGGAGCAGAAAGCCUCCUUGUCUACCACUAAGCACAUGAAGCGUUGGCACUCCUUCAAGAAGCUCAUGGCUCAGAAAGCACACAAGAAGAGCAGCGGCCCAGAAGACGGCGCCGACGGAGAAGGGGGCGGAGACUCCUCCACGUUGGACUCCAAGGAGUCGGGCCAGAAGCGGUGGAAGCUCAAGCGCUCCUGGACCUUCCAGGGCCUCAAGAGGGACACGUCCACGGUGGGCAUCAGCGGUAAGACCAAGACCGCCGACAAAGACUCCGCCGACAAGCCGGAGGAAGCGCGAGACGCGGACGAAGAGGGCGGCGAGGAGGCCGAGGCCGGAGCCGUAGGCGCCGGCGACGAGGACAAGGCCGACGGAAGCGAGGAGAAGGCGGAGGGCGGUGAAGAGGAGGAGAAGGCGGCGGGAGGAGCGACCGUCACGCAACACGCCAACGAGAUCUGGACCUCCUUCAAGAAGCGCGUCAUCCCCAAGUCCAAGCGCGCAAACACCGAGUGCCAGCCCGGCGGAGAAGACGACGCCGCCGCCGCCGCUGCUGCUGCUGCAGCGCCUCCCUCAGGCGAGGACGGCGCAGCGGAGGACGGAAAAGACGCAAAGUCCGCCAAGGCCAAGCGUUCCCACUUCGGUCGGGCCGUCUCCCUCAAGAACUUCAUCCUGCGGAAAGGAAAGUCCACCAGCGUGGACAUGGGCGACGCCGCCGCCAAGGAGGAAGAAGAGGAGGGCGCCGCCCCCGCCGAGGGGGGAGGAGACGACGUUGCCGCGCAAACCGGCGACGACAGCGCUCGGCGGCAGGAAGUCGAGCCCGCGGCACGGGAGGCGAAGCCGGGCCACGAUCCCGUCACCAACGGCGAGAACGGCUGCCAGAACGGAACGGCCGAGGACGACGACGCCAAGAAGGACGACAGCCCGCUUAGGAAGGCCAAGGAGCUGGGCGGAGCCAAAGAGGAGACCAAUGCCAAGGUCAUCAACACCACGGCGCCACCUGUGAACAGCGACAAAAAGGCGGGCAGCGCGUGAGGCCACACAAAGAGGAUUAGAACUUCCCGGGAUUCGCUGAGCGAGGAGCUCUGAGCCCCCAAACCCCCCCACCCACACCCAAAUCCUCCUUCCUCGCCCCCCCCCCCCAAAGAAAAGGAGUACUCACGUGUUAACAGGUCGCCACGGUGACGAGGAGCGAGCGGCUGGGAGAGUUUGUGUAGAUGACGUAAAAAGAUCCGAAAUACUCGGAAAGCAAUAAUUCACCCCCCCCCCAUUCCAUUUCCUCUGCUUGUCUGUGACAUUUUGUAUCAUCCACAAGAGAAAAGCAGAAAUGUAAAGCUAGGAGAAAAAAAACAAAUGCAUCCCCCCCUCCUCCCAUAGGAGGGAAAUAAAAAAAAGAAGAGAAAAAAAUAAGACUGCUAGUUUUAUAUUGACAGCCGUUAUUGCUUUGUAGCCAGACCCCCCCCCUCCCCCAUCCAGGUAGAUUGGACUCCAGUGCAUAGACUGCUCCGGCAAAUAGACUGCCCCCCCACCCCAAAACGACACUGCGACGUCUCCAGCUGUGUGUUGAGUGUUCAAACUGUUCUGUGGUGGACAUGAUGACGAUGAUGUAAAGACAAAAAUCACAAAAAAAAAAAAACAAAAAAGAAAAAUCUGAUGCGAUUCUUUGUCUUCUUUUGUAAAGCACAUUCUGUCACUGUUUGUUCCUCCUGCGACGUUCCCACGGCGACGACGAUGUUUUUUUUUU